AUGACUAACAAAGGCUUAAGAAUCGAGCUUCCGAUUGUUCACCAAGGCGAAGACCCAUACGGAUCAGCUAUUUUGCAUUGCGGGACCUACAAAACACGGACUGGUCUACCCGUGGUACGCCUUGGGCCACCAGGAACAAACCGUUAUGCCCGUGAUGCUCGCUCCACUGGACCUUUGAUGACUAUGAAAGCCGAGGAGCGCACACCCACAGUCAUCUUCAUGAGUCAAGAACCAAGCAUCAGAGUAGAGAAGCGACGACCUCUACAGGUAGUCAUAAGCGAAGACACUCUAAGAUUGUUCAAUACAGUCUACUGUAGUGCUAAGGCUCACCCCUUAGACGUACCAAGUAUAGCCACUGACCAGGCGUACAAAUUCCCUCUCAACUGUCGGCGCGGCGCAAUUCUACUGGCUGGAAACGACUACACCAAUCAUCUGCUCAUCUUAUUCAACAUCGAGCUGCAGCAUGUUGGGCGAUAUACCUGCAAGCUCGUCUAUUCUGGAGACGAGGACGACGAAGACUUCACGAUAGAGCAAGAGAAGAUACAUCGCCUUGUGCGUGAUAUGCGAAAGACCGAUCUGUCGCAAGAGUAUGCGUUAGCGAGAGAGAUCGAAGAAGAGCCCAGCUGGAGUCUGAUAUAUGGCGACUCCGGUCCACCGAAUAAUCGGACUAGCUUCGCUGACCUACCAGACGACGCUAUGAUACUGGCGAAGUUUGCGCCAUACGAUGUACUCGAUAAUAGUGAUGACGGAAAUCUGGUGCUGCACGUCGAUCUCGUUGAUCAAUCGGAGAGUCUGCAGGAUCUGUAUGAGCUAGAGUAG